GGAAGCGGCGGGGGCGUGGCCGCGGUGCGAGGCUCAGGUGAGAGGUAGAAAGAAGCUCAGAACGGCGUGAGGCGCCGAGGAGAGAGGGUCGCUCCUAAGGGAAGUAAUACAGGAUCCUUUAAGACUCCAAACGCAUAGGACAUGGACCACCAUAUGAACGGCACCAUGGCUGAGAAGCACAGCCCCAUGGACUAUGGGGUCCAAAUCAGAUUCAUCAAUGACCUCAAGGAGCCCAGCAAGUCCCAAAAGAUCCGGUCCAAGGUCUCCAAACCGGGCUCUUAUGGUGUGGCAGUGCGGGUCCAGGGCAUUGACGGACAGCCCUUUGUGGUCCUCAACAGCGGGGAGAAAGGGGGGGACUCAUUUGGGGUGCAGAUCAAAGGUGAGAGCAAGUAUGGGUUACCCUCCCGAAGCCAGCAGAUGGAGGACACCUUCCCAGGGUCCCCUGGGGCUGCGUCGUCAUCCAAAGAUGCCUCUGGAUCCAUCAGCUCCGAUUCUGAUCUACCAGAGAAUCCAUACAGCGUGAAACCAUCCCUCUACAGCUCGCAGUACAGCACCUCAGACGAGGAACUGGUCCCAAGGCAGGGAGUUCCGAAAUCGGAUAGUCUGGACGGGGCCCGAUUGUCCCGCAUCAGCAUUGCCUCUCCCCCACAGGGUGGCUAUCGGACGCUGCCCCACAAAAAGACCUCCGGGGAGCAGCUACGGCGGACUCAGUCUCACGGCUCCCUGCUCAGCUCCCAACCGGAGGAGCCUCAAGACCCCGGUCUCUCGAGGACUCAGCCUGCUCCCCUUCCCCAGACCCCACCAACGGGGGGAACAGUGAGAAGCACCAGCCUCAUGAACCUCGCCGGACAGAGGCUGUCCAGCCCCAGAGAAGAGGUCAGCGGCAACAUCACUGGUUUGCGACCCGUCCGUAAGUCAUCGCCGUUAAGCUCGGACUCGUCCGAACCCGGCCAUGCCUCCAACAAGGGGGGUGAUUGUGGUGGGGACAUCGAUACAAAGCCUCUCUCCUCGGUCGAUUCAUUAAUCCACAAGUUUGACGGUAAGGCCCAGCACAGGGGCCGAGCUUCCCGGAGAAACCGCUUCUCUCUGGAUGACCGGAAGCGCUCUCAGAGCCUUGACGGAAGGGUGGCGUACCAGGAUACGGCCGAUUCCCGGGAACUGGGUGCAGAGGAGAAUCACGGAGGCUAUAAAGAUGGAGUGAGGCCUUCUGUGGCAAAGCAACUCAGCUUGGCCAACCCCCAGGAGACCAGGAGUCUCAACCGAGCCAUUGGGCACCAGCCGAAGGAGAAUGGACUGGACAAGUCCAAGCUGACCCUGGACUGGGUGAACAAGAGCCUGGAGGAGAAACAGCCCAGAAAAACCCAGCCGGAGAUUCAGAUGAAGUCUACCCCUGACCUUCUGAAGGACCAGCAAGAGGUCUCUCAGCCUGGCAGCAGAGAAUAUACGAAAGAAAUGAUCUAUAACAUCCUGAAGGAAGGAAGCACCGAGAGCGAUGCUGCCGUGAAGAGGAAAACCAACCUUGUCUUUGAGAAAAUCGAAGCACUCGCUGCUCUCCCUUCAGCCGAAUCGAGCCCGUCCCUUCCCCAGGCGGACGAACUGAAGCAGAAGGUCAAUGAGCUGCAGCGGAAACUGGACCAGCAGACCGAGAGGCUGGAACUCUCCCAGGAGAACCAGAGAAAUGGCACUCCCCACAACCUGAAUGUUCGCCUGGAGGAGAUGGAGGAAGAAUGCCGUCGACUGAGAGAGGCCUUUGAGAAGAAGAACCAGGAGCUCCAGAGCAGUCUGAAAGAGCUGAGGGAUGUGAAAACGAUCAAGGAGCAAACUGAAGCAAAGCUGGCCGACUUGGAGGAACAGCUGAUGGAGAUGCAGGAGGCACUUGACCGGUUCCGGGAACCAGCGGGAGGUCCUCCGGACAGGGAUGACUUGCUGAAGGAGCUGCUGGAGACCAGAGAGGAGUUGGAGGAGACCCUCCAGGCGAAGCAGAAGCAAGAAGAUCAGCUGCGUCAACGGGAGCGCGAGCUGACAGCUCUGAAAGGGGCCCUGAAGGAAGAGGUGGCCAGCCAUGACAAAGAGCUGGAUCGAGUCCGGCAGCAGUACCAGCAGGACAUGGAGCAGCUGAGGCGCAACAUGGAGGACGUGUCGCAGGAUCAGGCCAGCUUGGAGGCUGAGCGGCAGAAGAUCAAUUCAGUAGUGAGGAAUCUGCAACGGGAGUUGGAAGGGAGCAAUGAGGAGACGGCCCAAUGGAAGGAGAUGUUUCAGAAGAACAAGGAAGAGCUGCGAAAUGCCAAGCAAGAGCUGAUGCAGGUGAAGGUAGAGAGGGAGGACUUCGAAGAGGAGCUGAAGGAGAUGCGUGAGCGCUUCAUGGCAAUGCGACAAGAAGUGGACCAGGUCCGGAGCAGCCCUGAGGACGACGGACAGACCAGCACUCUCAGGAAGGAGUUGCGUGACGUUCGAGAUCAGCUGCGGGAGCUGACGCUGGAGAAGCAGACCCAGGACGAGGUUCUCCGGCAGCGAGAGAGGGAACUGAGCUCCCUGAAGGCGGCCCUGAAGGACGAGGGAGCCGAUCAUGAAGAGGAGGUGGCCCAGCUGAAGCGGCAAUUUCAGCAGGACCUCCAGCAGCUCCGCAAGGAUUACGAGGACGCCUUCAAGGUCAAGGCAGCAUUGGAGGGCGAGAAGGAGGCAACGGAGCAAACGAAGAAGGCUGUGGAGUCCACGCUGAGGGAGACUCAGGAGGAGAACGAUGACCUCCGGCGCAAGAUCCUGGGACUGGAGACGCAGCUCAAGGAGUACCGACACUUUGCUGACAACUGGCAAGGCACAGAGGCCAGGCUGAAGGAGAAGAUCGCCAGGUUGGAGGCUGACCGCAAGCAAAUGGAAGCAUCCCUGGGGGACGCCACGGACCAAGAGCAGGAGCUGAUGAUGGCUAAGCGGUCGCUGGAGAGCCACCUGGAGGACGCCCAGCGGAGUCUCAGCCGCCUCUCAAGGGAGCACCAAGACCUGAGUGCCUCUUACCAUGAAGAGGUGAAGCAGAAGGAGCAGCUCAAGAGAGUUAAGAGCGAAUUGGAAGAAGAGAAGAGGUUGCUGGACAAGAGCAUCAGCAAACUCACAAAGGAGCUGGACCAAAUGGCUCACGAGUCCCACAGUGCCUUGUCUGAACUCCAGUCGCAGCUGGAGGAGUACAAGGAGAGGUCCCGCAAGGAGAUCACAGACUCCCAAAAGCAAGCCAAAGACCGGAACAUCGAAGUGGAGAAGAUGCAGUACAACCUGGGAAGGUUGCAAGAUGAGGUAACGCGGCUGAAGCAGGCCCUUCAGGACAGUCAGGCUGAGCGCGAAAACGCUGUGUUGGACAAGGAACUGCUGGCUCAGCGCCUCCAUAACCUGGAGCAGGAGAUGGAGGCCAAGCGGCGGACCCAGGACGAUCGAUCCCGGCAAGUUAAGGCCCUGGAGGACAAAUCGAAACGCCUGGAAGUGGAGCUGGAUGAGGAAAGGAGCACGGUGGAGCUGCUGACGGAGAGGAUCAACCGGACGAGAGACCAGAUUGACCAGUUGCGAGCCGAGUUGUUACAGGAGCGUUCCGUCCGCCAGGAUCUGGAGUGUGAUAAGAUCUCACUGGAAAGACAGAACAAAGACCUCAAAAGCCGCCUCACAAGCUUAGAAGGGUUCCAGAAGCCCAGCGCCAACGUCUCACAGCUGGAGUCGCACAUCCAGGAGCUUCAAGACAAACUCCAGUCAGAAGAAAGAGAGAAAAGCGUCCUGGUGUCGUCGAAUCGCAAACUGGAGCGGAAGGUGAAGGAACUCACCAUCCAGAUCGAUGACGAGAGGCAGCAUGUCAAUGACCAGAAAGACCAGCUGAGCUUGCGGGUCAAAGCACUGAAGAGACAGGUGGAUGAGGCGGAGGAAGAGAUUGAGCGCCUGGAGGCGGCCCGGAAGAAGGCCCAGCGGGAGCUGGAGGAACAACACGAGGUCAAUGAGCAGCUGCAGAGCCGUGUGAAGGCCCUGGAGAAGGACCUCUGGCGCAAGGCUGCCCGGUCCACCGCUGAAUCCUCUCUGAAGGAUGACCACUUGAGCUCGGACGAGGAGUUUGACAGUGCCUAUGGCCCUUCCUCCAUCGCGUCCCUCUUGACGGAGGGAAACCUCCAGACCAGCUCCUGUUAGCGGUGUCCAGCUCCAUGGGAUGGCAGGGAAGAGGACUGGCUGUCUCACAUGGGCUUCGUUGGGGCUUUCUGACAAACAUUUUAAAUCCAGCAAAAAGAGCUAUUGCCUCUGCAGAAGACAACCAGAAGAUGAACGGGUCCAGCACCACCAUGACAUUGUGUGGCUGUAGAUAAAAUAGAUGCCUUUUAUCAAUGGGAAGGAAGGAUUUUAAUUUUUUGCUUGCCAAGGGAUAGUGGGAACAGGGUUGGGGAGAGAGGUAGAAUAUAAAAUGGCAGAAAAUAGUAUUUAACCUUGCCCCUGCUCCUGGCAGUCACCCUCUUGAUCUGGUUCUCAGGGCAUUGGUGAAUGAUUAAGACAUAGAAUCUUCUCGGUUUCCCUUUUUUACAACCAAAUUCUAAUUUUCUUGUAUGUGUAUAUACAGGGGUGGCUCUUUUUUUGUAUGUACCUCGAUCGCAUGUGUACGGAAUUGGAUGUGCAAUAAUGUUUCGGAGUAACCUGAGGAGAUGGGCGAAUGUGUCUUUCGAGGAUAGCUGGAUCCUCGUCCCCACUCAGUAUGUGCAUGUUGGCAUUGAGCAGACCGGGUUUGCAGGGUGGCCUUUCUAAUCCAGUUGAUUGUUAUGCCUUGGUCUGUGCUGGUAGAUCUUUCAUUCUUUACGAUUUCGGUGCCUAGGGUGGAAGAGAAUGUGUGUCUUUCCUAGGCCGCUUUCUUGGUUGGCUUGGCUUGUAUUUCUUUCUGGCAUUGUCAGACUAUUUCCUUUGCACAGAUGCGGUCCCUUUCUUAGGGCCCUUUCACGCUACACAAUCAUAGUGCUGCUAUCACACUUUAAUUGCCAUGGUCCUGUCUUAUCAAAUCCUGGGUUUUACAGUUCAGGGAGUGGCAUUUUGAAUUCUCAGCCAGAGAACUCUAAUGCCUCACCAAACUACAUAUCCCGUGAUUCCGUAUGUGGAAUCAUAGCACUAUAACUGUGCGGUGUGAUAGGGCCCCUCGAUUUCCUGAUUAUAUCCUUGGAUGCCCUCAUUGUCCCAGUGAACAUGAUCCUAGUCAAAGUGUUUGGGAGCAAAGGCGACUUUUUGGGGUGAAAGAGGAUCUUGGGGGUUUAGAAUGGUGGUCUGAUGCCUGCUGGAGCAACAUACCCUCUCUUUGGAUCCAGAGAAAGUCUCUUGCAUCCAAAAUGUAAUUCGUUUUCACCUCCUUGCUUUUGAGCCUGGAUGAUCCCCAUUAAGUGGAAACUCUUUUUCGGCAAGUGGUACAGUUUUCAUCUGACUCAUGCUUAGGUUGUUGGGAAUAGUAGUGACUUGUGUCAGAAUUGGCUUGUACUGCAGGAUGCAAUAGUCAAGGUGCCAGCGAAACGCUCCAUUUCUCAAAAGCCUGGGAACUGGAGAGAGGCUUGCCUCAAAAUGAAACCAGUGGUCUUUUGUAGGUAGGGAACCUCAUCUAAGAAACGCCUAAAGCAGUUCCCCCCCAACCCAGUUCUCCUUAGAUGUCAUUGGACUAAAAAUCCCAUUGCAUCUGGCCCUUGCCUAUGCUGCUAGGGGGAAUGAGAGCUGUAGUCUGAAGCAUCUCAAGAGCCCCAGGAGGGAGGGAGGCUGUCCUACAGAAUGAAAGGAGAGGGAAAUGUUUUCUAUGCUGUAGAAACUGGCACAGUGUUGCCCAAAUAUUGUUGUUCAUCUCUCUGGAUUGUGAAAAUCAAGGGGCAUCUUGAAGCUUCUCCGCCUUCUCGCUUGCUAAUGGUGCUAAGCACUGUUCAGUGUGGGAUAACCAGCUAUGCAUGCCUUUUGACGUUUGCCCUUAAAAUCAUGUCCUGUCACGUUUCUCCUUUUCUGAUUCCUAGAACAACAGCAAAGCGAGGCUCAGGGGUGAGAUCAUGACAGUGAUGAUGAGGACAAGAAUCCUGGUAUGUUCUCUUCAUUCCUGUUGCCUUUGUAUGAUUCCUCUAAGCCAGCCUGGUGCCAUGGAACAGCACCCAUCGGACUGUGUGCCCAUGGUUAGAACAUGAAUGCUAGCAGGUCAUUUUCCAUCCUGAGUCAGGUAAUUUAGUCUUUUGAUUUGAGAGGAGACCCUAGAUAAGCUCUGUGGGACAUUCUUUUUCUCCUGUAUGGCAGUUUUAAAAGGUUGUUCAUCUUUCUCUGGUUUUCCCCCUGCCUCACGUUGUAUCUGCAGCUGGGGUUAUGAAAACAGUAAGGUGAGACUCAGCCCCAGCAGAACCUACAUGGGUCACGCCUUUGUAAAUCUCAGUUUUCUCCCAGCGCUGGGUGUUAGAGAAUACUGCUCUGUUACUCUGUAGAAUAUAGCCGUGCUAUUGAAUCUUUGUAAGGGCUGCUUUCCCCUUGUUUUCCUUCAUGGUACAGACUUCAGGUAUCCCUCUUUUACCUUUCCAGGCCUUGCACCAAGUGCCUUAUUGUAGAUCUGUCCCAAGAGAGGGAUGCACCUAAUGUCCUUUUCUGAAUGGGAGGCAGACCACGCAGGCCAUGUUUCGAAUGACAGUGUGGCAUUUGCACAAACGUGUGCUUUCGCACCAUGGGAAGGCUGCAGCCUUGCUGGGUUCCAACUUUUCUUUACCGUGUGCUUUCCCUCUUGAAAGGUCGCCUUAACAAGGAUGGUCCCAUUAGGACAAAAAACCCCAACAGCUUGAUUUUACAAAGUGAAAGGGAGCAAGUCUGGUUCCUGGUUGGAGAGCUGGUUUUUCCCCCUCUCAGCUAGGCCAUCUUGAAGGAUGUGGCUUCAGUGGCGGAAGUAGUUUGGAGAUGACCCUGGAACUUUGCAAGCUGAACAUUUGGGAGGAGGGGAAACAUGUCCUUUGGGAAAUAGCAUAAGGAAUUCAACCACUCAAGUUUUGCAUGGGACAGGCAGCAGGCAAGUCAAGCUGAGUACCUUCCAGAUGGAUGAAGGACAUAGCUGGGAAAAGUUUUGGUAAGCUUAGCGGGGGCAGGAUGGAGUUACGGGUGGAAGGAUUACCUUCUGCACUAAACCCCAUCAUCUGUAAAGCUUUGCAUCGAUCCCAAAUCUGGAAUCGCCAAGCUGCACACUGGAAGCCCUGCCAAGGGUCACAGACCUCUGGCAAAAGAUAUCCCGUCUCUGGACCUUAACUUUUUAACCUGGCAUUGGCAAAAACAAUGUCUUCAAGAUGACAAUGAGGUUUCCUAGAACCUCCUUGGCACCAUCUUGCCCAAAUUGACGCUUGUUGGUAGUGACUUCUUUUUGCUAGAGGAAGACACCACAGCUAGGGGAGGAAGCCUCAGCUUGCUUUUUGAGGCUUUGGUAGAAGCUCAAGGCAGGUCCUUCAGGACAACCAUGCAUGGCCAUGUCAAGAGUACAGGAGAUAGAUGAUCCCCAAGAAACACAGCUGUGCUGUUUUGAGUGCCACAAGUGGAAUGACCACCAUCUUGUGGUUAGAAACCAUCUUUGCCACUAUGUGGUCCUUUAGUCCAGGGUUGGAAGUCUGCUGCUUCUUUGCUCUGUCAGCAACAAGGCAUUGCUAAGCUUUUGCCAAACUGGACAGGAUCCGGCAAGAACUUAAUGGCAGCAGCUGCAGCUGGAGCAUCUCUGCAAGAAAGAGCUCCCUGGAUCGUUGUGUCUUGGUUACACCUCCUGUUUGCUUAUGAUGCAUUUAAAAGGUACAGAUUUAGCCCUUCAAUUCCCAACAACAUUUUGAGGUUGGAAAUUGCCAUGCGUUGGGGAAUUCAGCGGACCAUAAAAGUCAAAACACUUUAUGGUCUCCUCAUCUUUGGUGAAUCCCUUGUGAAGCUACCUUUAUAGAGCAGUUAGUGCUGCUGGGUUGUGAGCUUUGCCGAACGAGCAUCGGCUGUAAAAUCCAUCACUUUUCAGGUGCACAUGGGUGUUGUUGUUCCACCUGACUACCCAAUGUGUGACGCAGCGAGAGCAAACCAUAGCAAUAAAACACGGAUAUAAAACUGUCCCGCUUUGAAAUUUAGGUGUGGCAAGGCAAUGUUUAACCAUGCGUUUGGCCACGAUAGGGACUGGGUCACCUUAUUCCCUAAACCCAACUUGUGUAAACCUUAGCUCAGUUUUCUUGUUUGUGUAAAACGAUUCAGUCUUACACCGUACUGUGAAAUACCCAAAGGGAUCUUUGAGGUCAGUCGUCACCAAACCCAGACUGAGAAUAUGUCCAUCCAGUGGCCGCAAAGACCGUUUUCAUCUUCGGCAGCCUCUCCUGCUUUUUCAGGCAGCUAAACUUGUUCAUAGAUUAUGACUGCAAUAACAACACAAUGCUCUGAAAUGAUAUUGUGGGAUUUGGGGGCAUGCAUACCUCCAGACCACGCCAUUCAGAUACAUUUUGCAUAACAGUUGCAGCUUUGGUCAUCGCAGGUUGGAGACGAGAUGAACAAUUCUCCAUCCAUGCUCAUCUAUGAAAGAAAUGAGUGUUUUCAAAAGUGUGCAGAGUUGAUGUGGGACGAUGGCCACUGCUCCAUUCAGUUUGCCAGAGCGAAAUCUAUGGUAGUUAGAAAAACGACAACGGCAAUGCAGAGACCCUUGGAAGCUGUACUUCAUCUUAUUUUAUGUUCUUAUCUUUUUUACCGCAAAUGCAAUAAUCCAGAAGUGUAUCCUGGGGAGGGAGAAAACGUGAUCCAAGUGGAAUGUUUAAUGCCGAUGGUGUGCGCAUAUCCUAUCAUGUUCGACUUGUACAGUUUUAAAAUGGCUGCUAAAAACAAUCCGGGUUGGUUUUUAUUAUUUGUAACUUUUGAUUUCCCUCCAGAUUUUAUUUUCCUUUUAUUAUUAAAAGAAAAUGAAACUUGUACAUUGAUUUUUAAAAUAAAAGUUCUAUAUUAAUCAGG